AUGAAACAACCAGAAGAUGAAGAUGGUGAGUAUGGGGAAUAUAAAGGAGUUAGUUAUUCUUUAAUUAUAAAAAAAGUUGUGAGAAGAUCAAUAAAUGAUUGGAAUGUAUUUUGUGAAAGAGUAGAAAAUGACAAUGGAAAUAAUUCUGAUUAUUUAAUUAGCGCUUUGAUACAAUAUUGUAGACAUAUGAGAGAGUGUUAUUUAAAAAUUUUAGAAUUAGAAAAAUAUAGAGAAAUGUAUAAAGAUAUUAUUGAAGUAAUAAAAAAUAUAUUAUAUUUUAAAGAAAAUUAUAAUGAAUUAAAAACAAAAUAUGAAUAUGAUAUAUAUUUAUGUAAAUUAAAAACAUUAAAUUUACAAUUAAAUCAGAAUAAUGUUUUGUGUGCAUUAGAUUUAUUAUCUACAAAAAAAUAUACAAGAUUUCCGAUACAGUUUAAACAGAUUCUAAAAUCACCUUUUGAUCCGGUUUUACUUGAAUUAAAUAAAUAUAAAAUCGAAAUUUUAAAAAAAAAAAUUAUAGAUGAAUUUUUAAUUAAUUAUUAUAUAUCAAAAAUACCAAAAGAAAAAGUUAAUUUUAAAUUUUCUCAAGGUUUAAUAGAAUUAGAAAUAAUUAACCAAGUAAAAAUAAAAUUUAUUACAGAUUUUUUAACAUGUACAAUAAUCGAUGUUAAUAUAUUAUUUUUAAAUAAUAUAAAUCUUCAUAUAUCACAUAACUACAAUUUAAUGGUUUUGAUUAAUUAUGCAAUUAUGAAAAGAAUGUUAAAUAAAACUAAUAAUAUGAUUGGAGAAGGUGAUAUUUCAAAUCAUAGUCAACUAUUUGAAAAUGAUAAUAAUUUUAUUAAAGAUCAUAAGACAGAAAUUUUAAAAAAUAAUAUAACUAUUUCUGAUACAACAAGUACUGAUUAUUCAGAAUUUAGUGAAAAUGAUACUUAUGAAUCUUCAUUAUCAGAUGGUGAAAAUAAUAAUAUAAAAUUUAUGUAUAACCCUACACAGAAACAAAUAGGUGAUAUAUUUUAUACAUAUAAUAAAAGAAAGGAUGUAGGAAAUAUAGAAAAUUAUUAUAAAAAUAGUAAAGGAAAAGGAAAAGAAAAAGGAAAAGAACUUGAACUUUCGGAUAUAUAUUAUGAAAUAUAUAAAACUAGUAAUUUUUAUUGUAAUACUCAAAUUUUAGAAUUUUUUAAAGCAUAUUUAAAUCAAUAUAAUUCAUAUAAUUAUAUAAAAAAACAAUUUCAAAUUUAUAAAAAAUAUAAAAAAACAAAUAAAAUUGAUUUUACACCCUCUUGUUAUAAUUAUCAUAUAGAUGAUUCUAAUUGCUUACUUUAUUUAGACAUAUAUUUAUAUGAUGUUGAAUUUAGAAAAGAAUUAUAUAAUUUUUUUGAAAAAUAUAAAAUAUCUAUAUUAAAUGAAAAUAGUGAAAAAAAAAUUAUAUUACAAUUUAUUUUAAAUAAUAAAAAUGGGAAUGUAAAAAUUAAGUUAUGGCCAUUUGAUUAUUUUAAUAAAUUAAAUAAAAAAAAAAGAGAAGAAAUACAAUUCGAUAAUAUUUUAUCUUAUUAUGAAUUUAUUAUGUGUUUAUUUUUGAAAAAAAAAAUAAAAACAAUUUGUUCUUAUAAUCCUUUAUAUAUUCAUCUUGAAACUUGGAUCUCAAAAGUUUCGACUUGUUUAACAUAUUUUUUGUUUUCUAUACUUAAAAUAUUUUGUACAAAAUCUACAAAAUUUAUCAUAGAAAAAUAUAUUUCUAUUCAAAAUAAAUAUGGACCAAAAUUAAUAAAAUGUGAUCAUACACAUAUAUCAGAAAAUUCAUAUUUGGAAAAUACAACCACAUAUAAUGAAUUAAUAACUGAUUAUUUUUUUGAUAUUAACACUAUUGAAAAAAAUAUACAAUGUGUAGAAAUUUGCAAACUUGGAAAAAAAGAGAAUAGCAUGUUUAACAUUGGAGAGGUUAGUACAAAUGUGUCAACAGAAAUAAAUGAAGAAGAUAAUAUUUAUUUAAAAAAUAAACUUGAAAUAAUGGAAGUGAAGAAAAAUAAAAAUGAUGAAAUUUUAUACAUACUAAGAUAUAUAUUUUAUGGACAAAAAAUUGAUUUAUUUAUGAAUAAUCAAAAUGAUAAAUAUAUAUUUAAAUGUCAUUGGGAUAGUAUUUUUUUGAAUGUAAUUAGUUUAAAAUAUAAUUUAAAAAUAAUAAUAUAUAUAAUAUAUUUGUUAAAAUGUUAUUCAAAGUAUAUAUAUUUAUAUAAUUUAUUAAAAGACAAAUUCAAAAAUAAUAUAAAACCAGGAAAAGAUUUCCCUUUUGAAUUAAAAAUUGAGAAUUUAUAUCCAAAUCUUCUUUUUUCAAAAUUAAAAUUACAUGAAUUUUUAAAAAAAUAUGACUAUUCAUCAAACAUAGUUUUAACAAAUUUUAUUGAGCAAUUUUUUGAGCACAUUAAUUUUUUUUAUUAUCUCCCUUCGGAAAAUGGUAAUAAAAUAAAAUGCAUGGAUACUGAGCUUGAAGAGGGAAUUAAAAAGGCUAUAUAUGAAAAUAUCCAAAAAGAUAACGAACAAAAUGAAGAAAAAGAUAAAUAUCGAAAUAACUUUUUUUCUACAUUUUAUUUCAAAUUAUAUAUAACUGGUAGUGAUAUUCCAUUUUUUAUAUGCAUUUUUAUUGAAAACAAUUUUAUAUUUCAUACAUCUAUUGUUGUAUCUUUUGAAAAUUCAUAUGAAAAAAAAGAUAAAAAUUUAGAUAAAAAAAAUGAAGAAAAUCAAAAAGACCAUUCAAAAAAAGGUGUAAAUAAUUAUUUUAUAAUUCCUUUAAUUCAUAAAAAAUGUUCAAUUGAUAACAAUGUGAAUUAUUAUUUUGAUGGUUUGAAUCAAAUGAUAAUAUCCUUUUCAAAUAUGCUUAUAUCUUUACAGAAAAUUUUACAGGUUAAUUUUUAUUGUUCAGUUUUAUCCCCAUUCAAUUGUGAACCAGACGAUAUAACCGAAUCGGUUCCGAAUGAGAGUAAUAAUGUUGAGGGUUUUGAAAAGGAGCUGCCACAAAAUCAAGAAAAUGAUGAAGGCAUACUUGGAUUUAUCAAUGAUGAAAUUUACAAACGAAACAAAAAAAAAUGGGAAAAUAGGUCAAUAGAUUUGGAAUACUUUAUAAAUCGAGUACGUGGCGAAAAUAAAAAAAGUGAGGGUGUAAAAAGUGAAGAUGCGAUAGGUGAAGAUGCGAUGGGUGAAAAUGUGAUGGGUGAAAAUGUGAUGGGUGAAGAUGAAAAGGAACAGAUAAAAAAUUCCAUGCUACAAUUUUAUUGCCAAUUAAAUGAUGAAUAUGAUAUAAAUAAAGAGUAUAUAACAAAUCAUGGAAAAGAUAAUAAAUUUAUAUUCAUAAUAAAAAUAAGUAUACAUGGUUCCUUUUUUUUUAAAAUUCCUAUAAAGAGACAAAAAAGAUAUAUUAAAAUUGACGGUUUUCAUAAAAUGGAAAAUAAAAAAUUGGUCACUCUUUUUUAUGGAAGCAUAAUUGUAAACAUGAAAAUAAAGAAUCUAGAAAUAGAGGAUAGAGAAGGGUUUGAUAAAUUAUAUAAAGAAUGGAAUAUAGAAAAUAAAAAAAUAGAGAAUAAUAAUUAUGAUAAAAAAGAAAAUUGUGUAUAUGGAGAAGAAAAAGAAGAGAAAAAGUUAUAUGAUGAAUCAAAUAAACAAAUUGAAUUUUUGAAUAAUACAAUAAAAGAUUGGGGUUUAUUAAAAGAGAUACAUAUAAUUUUAAAUGGUAAAAAUAGUGUGUCAAAAAUUUUGGAUAUUUUUUCAGUUAUUAUCAAAAGUAUGUUUGUUAUAAAUUUUUUCACUGAAUUAUAUUAUAUUGAAAAAAUGAUAACUCCAACUUUUAUUAUUCGGAAUUCACAUUUAGCUAAUAUAGAUAUUAUGUAUUUAUGUAGUUAUGAUAGCAAUAUAGUAUGCUCUAUUUUUUUUGAUAUUUUGGGUGGAAAGGGUAGAGACAUAUCUAAUGUUAAUUAUAACGAUCUUAGGUAUUGUAAACAAAAUAAAAACGAUCAGGAUGGGGAUAAAAAGAAUCGGGAUGUGGAUAAAAACAAUCAGGAUACGAAUACAAAUGGAAAUAUCGAAAAUAAUUUAAUUAAUGAAGAUUUAUUUGGAUACUCAGAUAUAUUGAAUAAAUAUGAACAUUAUAACAAUAAUGAAAAUGAAAACCCAAAUUAUGAAAAAAUAUUAAAAUCUUUAUUAUUUAUUAAUAUAUGUUUUAAUUCUUCUAAUGAAUAUAUUAAUAAAAUAUAUUUAGGAGAAAAAGAAAAUUUUAAUAUAUAUUUAAAAAAAAAAAAAAAUAUUUUUGAUUUGCUAAAAUUAAUAUCUUUAACUUUUGAGUUCCAUUUAAAUUUACACAUUUUAAUUAAUAAAACAAAUAAUUAUUUGAAUAAAGAAUAUUUUUUAAGUCAAGUUAUUACAACUAAUCUUUUUGAGAUAUAUUACAUAAAUCUAAUGACUAUAAUUUUACAAUUUAAAAAAGAAAAUAACAUAUCUAUUGAUACCCAAAAAACAAAUAAUAAUAGUUAUGAUGAAAAUAAAAAUUCAAAUAUUGAUGAGCUGUCUUUUUAUAUAAUUCUACAUCCUGAAAAUUUUUCAAAAAUCGUUAUAAUUCCACAUUUUAGUAAUAACUCACCAAAUGAAAAUUACAGUUAUAUAAUUAACAACUUUUUCAAAAAAAAUGAAAUAUUUUCUGAACUCAGCAAAACAAAAAUAGCUGAUAUAUUUACUUGUACAAAUAGCUCAUCCUUAGUUCCUAAUAAAAAUAUUGAAUCUUCAAAUUUUGGAGAAAAUAAUAAUAAUAUAUCAAAUCAGAGUAAAAAUAAUUUAUUAUCUGCUUACCCUGACCAGACUUCUAAUCAAUUAGUUAAUGCAAUGGGUAAAGAAAAACACGAUGGCAAUAAUAAUGGCAAUAAUAAUGACAAUAAUUAUGGUGACAAUAAUUAUGGUGGCAAUAAUUAUGGUGGCAAUAUUAUUAUUGACAAUUUAAAUGUUGAAGAUUUGUUUGUUUUUUUAUUUUUAAAAUUUUGUAAGAUAAUAAAUUUAAAAAAUGACCAAAAUUCUGACGAACUUUAUGACUACACAUUUAGUCAAACACAAGAUAAAAGAACAUCAAUUAAUUUUAAAGAUUUAAAAUCGAAUUAUAAAAAAUAUAAAACCUAUAAUAUCUCUAAUGAUGAAAUGAAUAAUUCCAUUUUUGAAAAAGAGUUGGAAAUAUUUGAAGAAUAUGAUACAUUUAUAAAUAAUAUUAAAUAUAUAUUUAAACUCAAAAAUAAUAUUAUUAUUUCACAAAUCGAUUUUUUUCGUCCAACAUUUUUAUAUGCAACAUUAUAUACACUAUUAGAAUUCAUAGUAAGCUUAAAAAAAUGGCUUAUUAUGUUUGACCAUUUAAAAAUGGAAUAUACAAAUUUUACUAUAUCUCAAUCUAACCUUCCAAACGUUUUUCAAUAUAUGACUGCAACAAAACGGCAAUCGCCUAAUCAAGAAAUGUCGCAAUCGCCUAAUCAAGAAAUGUCGCAAUCGCCUAAUCAAGAAAUGUCGCAAUCGCCUAAUCAAGAAAUGUCGCAAUUACCUAAUCAAGAAAGGUCGAAAGAAAUGUCGCAAGAAAGGUCGAAAGAAAUGCCGCAAGAGAUGUCAAAUGGCCAAAAUAGUAAUAUAUAUAUACAUUUAGUUUGGUUUGUUUAUAAUGUAAAAACAUUACAUUUAGAAAAAUUAGAAAAUAAAGAUGAACAAAAUAAUAAAAGAUACUAUGGAUAUUUUCAUGGUGAUAAUAAGGAAGAGAGUGAUUUCAACCACAUAAAUAAUUCUAUUGAAUUGGAAAGUAGAAAAACAAAAAAAAUAAAAAUAGAACAAGUCGAAAAUUUAGGAGAUGUUUCAAAUGAGGAAAAAGUUAAAAAGAAGGAAGAAAGCAUUAUCGAAAAUGAGAUAAAAUUGAAUAAAAGUUUCCAAGUUAUGGAAAAUAAAAAUAUUUUACACAUGCUAAAUGAUCGUAUUAACAUAGGUGAAAUAAAUACAGAAAAAUUAUAUUAUAUGAUAAAUGCCUAUUCUUAUAAUAAUCAUAAUAUAUUUUUUAAAAAAAAUCAAAAAAAUCCCCAAAAAAUUAUUAAAAAAGGUUUUAUAGAAAAAGUGUAUCUCUUUCAAAAACUGAGACUAAAAAAAUGGGAUGAAAGAAAAGUGAUACCUAAAAACUUUGACGAUAAAUUAAAAAAUGAAAAUGAUGACAAUAAUAAUAAUAAUAUCAAAAUAGAUAUAAAUAUGUAUGCAGAUUUUUCAAAUAAUUUCAAGGUCAUAAAUGGAUGUGAUAUACAUUAUUUAUUAAAUUCAUUUGUCGUAUAUUUUGAAAAUAUCGGAGAAGAAAUAGACAAACAAGAUUCAUGGUUUUAUCGCCAAAAGACUAUAAGUGAUAAUAUAACCCCAUCCGAACGUUUUAUUUUAAAUGAAAAUAAUAUUUUAAAAGAAACUUCAAAAUUAAAUUCAGCACUCAAUAUUAUUUAUAAGUAUAUACGUAUAUGGUUAUUCAAAAUGAGAGAUAAUAAUAUUAUAUCUUUUUUUAAUACAAUUAAUCAAAUUAUAUAUAACCAAAAAAAUAUGUGUGAAUUCGCAUCUUUAGUUUUUAAUUCUGUUUUAUCUUAUGAAGAAUAUUUAAAGUUUUGGACUUUGAAAAACACAAACCAACAAUUUUCGAUGCCAUUUAUCGAAACAGAAUUUUUAUUUUUUGAUGACAAAAUGGAUAAAAUAAAUUCUCAAUUGGAAAGAAAACAACAUUUCCUGAAAAUGAGAAAAUAUAAAUUUGUUGAAUAUAUAAUACCUUUCAAAACUUCUAUUCAAAAUUACAUGACAUAUAGAGAAGUAGCAACCAAUGCAACAAAUCGUGCAAUAACCAACGGGGCAAUAACCGAUAAGGCAAUAACCAACGGGGCAAUAACCGACAAGGCAGUAGCUGAUAAUAAAGUGAAGGGAUAUGAUAAAAUUACAGUUAAAUACAAAAUAUGGAAAUAUAUGCCAUGCCCAUUUAAGGAAAUAUAUAUAGACCAUGAAAAACAAAAAUUUAUUUCCCUCAAUAAAAACGAAUCUAUUAGUUUAACUUUUAAAAUAGCUUCUAUACCCGUUAAAAAUUUAAAGGAAGUUUACAUAAAUAAUGAUUCAUAUAUUAAAUUUCUUAUUUAUAAUAAUAUUGAUUUAAAUUUAGCUCAUCAAAAAGUUAUGCAGAUAUUACAAGCUUAUAAUUUGAUGCCAAAUUAUUCGCUAGUUGCUUCACAAACGAUUUUGCAUUCAGAGACUUUUGAUAUAUUAUUGAAAAAUUCGAAUAAGGAGAACAAUCAAAACAAAGCUUAA